AUGGCAGAUCAAGAUCCCAGUAACCAGGACCUAAGCUUGAUGGAUAAGAAAAUCACAAGCCUGUUGGACCUUAAUUUGAACCCAUUCCUCCAUUCAAUCAAUUUGCACUGUAAUCAGAUUUCUGAGAUUGAAGGCCUUGUUCACUUGCGCAAUUUACAGCAUUUGGAACUGUCAUCCAACCUAAUAAGCAGGAUUGAUGGACUUGAUACUCUGAUACAUCUUCAAACCCUAAGCUUGUCCUGCAACAAACUCACUAGAAUAGAAGGCCUGAAUAAGUUAUUAAAUCUCAGGAAGCUGAAUUUAUCUUAUAAUCGCAUACAUGACCUUAGUGGUUUAAUUCCGCUACAUGGAUGGAAUUACAAGCUUACCCACCUUUAUCUCCAUGGCAACUGCAUUAAUAGCAUGGACCAUGUACUGCAAUGUAUGGUGGGAUUACAGUCUUUAGCUCACCUUACAUUGCAGCAUGCUGACGAAGGCAACCCUGUUUGUUUUGUAGCAGGAUACAGAGAUGUGGUUCUUGGAAACCUGCCACAAUUAAAAGCUCUGGAUAGUGUUAGUAGGUCAGGCGAACCUGUUCCUAUGUAUGAUGUUGAUCCUUCAGAUGUUCCCAUUCUUGACUUUCUGAAAUAUUUGAUCACUACUUGUGACGAUGAUCCUGGCAGCAAAGAAUUAAAGCAAUCAACAAGUGGUCCUGUCAUAACGCCUCGAAUUGACCAGGUUUUAUCACAGUAUCGAAAGAGGCCUGUUGUCCUAGGUUCAGGGCACUUAAGUAGAUGUAUAGAUUCUACGACUUCCUCAGACCAAGAGUCCACCAUACAUCAAGAUUCCACCAGCAUCCUGUGUGAAAAUGAGGAUUAAGAGGUUGGAGGAGCAGAUAUCGGAACUUCUAAAGGCUCCACAACCCAAGCUAGAAGCAGCUUUGAAACCCAAGAGAGACACUGACCCCACAACUGAGAGUGACUCUGAAAGUGAGAAGGAAAAUAAAAAGACCUCUGUAAUUAAAAGGAGCAAAAUUCCUGCGUAUAAGAACAGACAGACACAGAAACAAAACUGUCAUCAACAAUCAAAGACCCUACCUUUAACUAGUGUGUCUAAGCAGAACGCAACUAGAAAGCAGAAGAACCCCAGCCCUCACAGGAAAGCACAGAGACCCAGUAGUGGAUCGUCAGAAAGAGCAAAUACAGACAGUACAAAACAGGUCUCGGCAAGACUUGUUGGACCUUUGAGAUCUCCGCAAAGAAGACUAGAACCAUCGGUGUCCAAUUCGGUGGAGGAAUCUACAUACAGGGCACUUGUUCAAGAACUAGAUCAGGAAAGAGAACGGCGAUGGAAAGCUGAACAGCUUGUUGUAAAGCUAACAGAAAAUAUCAAAGAGUUGCAAAGUCAGGCUAAAGAGGAGAAAGACAUAAACAGCAUGGCUGUACAUGCCACAGAUCGGAUUAAAGAAUUACUUCUGAAGGAAAAAAAUGCGAAAUGUACAUUGCAAGCACUUGUGCACCAGUUAAAAGAAGAAAAUGAGAGGCUUAUCAAUAAAAUAAAGCAGUCAGCUAGUAAAGAAGAAGAAUAUCGGCAAACAUUUAGAAAGAUGGAAGAUGCAGUGUCUAAAUUAGAAUCACAAAGAAUCCAGCAGGAAGCAUUGGAGAUGAAACACAUGCAGGAAGCUGAACGCAAAGUAACUGCCUCCCAGAGAGAAAUGGAGUUGCUUCGAGGAUCUGUGCGUCAGCACAAAGACAAAGUCCAACAGCUCCAUGAACUGCUUACAUCAAGGGAGCAGGCACACAGAAUGGAGCUGGAGGCAAGGCUGCCAUUAAAUGGACCUGAAUUCCAGGAAGCUGUAGCCAAGGAACUGUCUAGAGAAGAACAACGUCAUAACCAGCAGAUAAAAGAGUUCCAAGAGAAGAUCAGUGUGCUGACACAGCAGUAUGUCGAUUUAGAAGAUGAAUUCCGUGCUGCUCUGGUUAUUGAAGCAGCAAGAUUUAAAGAGGUGAAAGAUGGCUUUGACAAUGUCACAGCAGAGCUAGCAGAGCAUAAGGAAGCGCUGUCCCGGAUCCGUCUGAAAGAGAAGCAGUCAGCAAGUUUAAUCCAUGAGCUUACCACUAUGGUGAAGGAACAGAAGACCAGGAUUGCAGACAUCACCAAAACAAAACUAGAAAUCAUUAAAGAUCUGAAAAGUAAACUACGCAGCCUGGAGAUGGUGGCAGAAGAAGAAAAGCAAAAAAACUGUCCAAAUUCAGCUUCUAAAACAAGAAAAAUCUAAGCUCAUUUCACAGCUCACUGCCCAGGAGUCACUGAUCGAUGGAUUAAAAGCUGAAAGGAAAAUAUGGGGACAAGAGCUCACUCAACAAGGUGUCUCACUGGCUCAGGAUAGAGGAAGGCUUGAAGCUAAAAUUGAAGUUCUUUCAACAGAGAUGGAAGCCCUGAAAAAGCAAAAUGAGCGUGACAAUGACGCAUUAAGGAUUAAAAUGAAAAUGGUUGAGGAUCAAACGGAGACCAUUAGGAAGUUAAAAGAAGGGCUGCAAGAGAGGGAUGAACGCAUCAGAAAGCUGCAUGCCGAAAAUCUUGAGAUGGAGAAAGCAUUAAGAGAACAGAAUGAUGAAAGAGCAAUACAAUUACAUGAACUGAAAGAAAAGCUGGAAAGGCAAACAGAAAGAAAGGAGGAAAUAAAGCUGCAGCUAGAAGAGAAGGAGGCUGAGCUGGAAGAUGUGAAGAAAGCUUAUAGUGCAAUGAAUAAGAAGUGGCAGAAUAAAGCAGAAUUAUUAAGCCAGCUUGAAACACAAGUCAGGCAGAUGAAAGAGAAUUUUGAUGCCAAGGAGAAGCGGCUGAUUGAAGAGAGAGACAAAAGCCUUCAAAACCAGAAGGCUGUGAUGGAAAAACUUCAUUCUGUGGAUGAUUCAUUUCGAAGGCAACUGGAGUCCAUUCUUGCCGCUCAUCAAGCUGAAAUUAUUAAAGUAGCCAGUGAUAAGCAAAAGGAAGUCGAAACAGCAAAUGAAAGAGUUUACCAAGUAGAAGAGGAAAUGCGGCAGCUCUUGCAGGAAACAGUUAACAGUAAGAAAGCCAUGGAGGAAAAGAUAAAGCGGCUCACUAGUGCACUGAGUGACAUUCAGCAACAUUUUUAA